UGACAGUCUCUGCCAAGUUCCGCGGGGACCCUGGGCCGUGGGACAUAAAGGGCCGCUGCCCGAGUGGCCGGCACAGCCUCUCUGCACCCAGCGAGUGACCUGUCGGAGGCCGUGCGUGCAGACCCCAGGAGAUGAGGGCCCUGCUCUUGACCCUCGGCCUCGUUGCCUCCCUGCAGGCCCAGGACGCUCCGGUCUCGGACAGCUGGACUGAGGACGUGUCAGGAAAAUGGUAUCUGAAGGCCGUGACCACAGACCAGGACAUUCCCGGGAAGAAUCAGGAGUCGGUGAUGGCCAUGACCUUCAGCGUCCUGGAGGGGGGCGACCUGGAGGCCAAAGUCACAUCGCGGGUUGAUGGUCAGUGUCAGGAGACGAGCCUGGUCCUGGAGGAAACCAAUGAUCCAGGCAGAUACACAGCCUACGGGGGCAAGCGUGAGGUGUUCGUCUUACCGCUGCGGGCGCAAGACCACUUCAUCCUGUACUGUGACGGCGAGCUGGACGGACGGCAGAUCCGCGUGGCGCGGCUUCUGGGAAGAAACCAGGAGAACAGCCCAGAGGCCUGGGAGGAGUUCACGGAGUUCGCAAAAGCCAAAGGGUUGAACCUGGAGAUCUUCAGGCCCCUGCAGAGCGGUGAGAAGCCCACAGAAACUUGCUCUCCCGGAGGAAACUAGGGGGGCACCAAGGCACCGCAGCAGGCCCCGGCAGCGCCUUCAGGAGGGCCCGCCCUGCAGGGCAAGGAAGGAGCCCUGUUCCUGGGACAUGGGCCGCUGCACCCCCUCCCUCCCAGCUCUCCACCCCUCUCCUGGCUUCAAAUAAAGAGUUUCAGCAUC